AUGGAGUCCUACGAUGCUCGCCGCACUUUGCUCCUCGGCAGCCAACACAUCGACUUCGACAGCGUCACCUCUUCACCGGCUGGCUCGCACUCUCAGCGCUCGCGCAGCCUGAGCCCCAACUUCAACAACCCAUUUGCCAACGGCUCAAGCAGUCACCCCUCGAACCUUCCACGCUCGCGCUUGUCCGGCGACAUGUCAGACCGUCCGCUUGACAAGAUCCGGGCCGAAGCUCGCGCCGCCGACCGCCGCCACAAGCAGCGCAAGCGAACCACAUACACGGACUGCAUCGACCGUCUCGACACCAUUGGCGGCAGCCCCUACCACCACGGCGGUCCUUUCGAUGCUGCCCUCCCCUGCCGGAACCGCGACAAGAAGUAUUCGCCUCUUGCUGCUGUCCAGGAGUCCAACAUGGAGGCCAUCCGCGCCACGCCCCGCGAGAGCCUCAUCGACUCGCUGACCCGGAAUGUCCCCCUCCAGGGCACCGCUUCCGUCGCCCCUGGCGCCAUGGACCACAGCGGCAAUGUCAUGGACUACGCCGAGGGCGCCGAUCUCAUGCGGGAAGCCGACGCCCCAGGCGGCGCCUACAAGCGCUGGAGCGGCAUUCCUUACCACCAUGAGGAUCUCAAGGGCAAGGGCGAGCCCUCGUUCACACUCGAGCGCGACCUCAAGGCCAAGAAGCGCCAAAAACACUCGAGCAUGCCCCCCAGCGCCCUUGAGAUGCUGCCGGGUCUCAAGACCCGCCAACGCCCCGCCAGCGCCAUGCCCGGCUCCCUCGCUGCCAAAGACGUCUUUGCCGGCGGCGACUUGCAGCGCAGUCACUCGACGGGCAAGAAGCUAGGCGAGGGCAUUAAGCGACGCCUCGGCAGCUUCCGCCGUAAGAAGGCCAUGCCCGCUGGAGAGGCCUACUAG